AUGCUGAGCAUUGCUCGGUCGACGGUCCAGGCAGCAGCUUCAUGGAAGCUGCUGCAGUCGCCGGAGUCAACAACGAGCCUUGAAUGGAGGCGAAAGGCGACAUCGCAGGCCGUCGUACACGUCGCAAUAAACAGAAGUUCGCGGCAACCUCUCCAGAUCUUCGCAAUUUCCAGCAACGACUUCCGUGUGGGAACUAGCAUUGAGCUCGACGGAGCGCCAUGGAGAGUGCAAGAGUUUCUGCAUGUGAAGCCCGGUAAGGGAGCGGCGUUCGUGCGCACCAAGCUGCGCAACUUCAUCACCGGGAACACCGUCGAGCGAACCUUCCGUGCCGGCGAAUCGGUGGACGAGGCGAGUGUAAUCAAGGACGUGAAGCAGUUCACGUACCUCGACGGCGAGGAUUACGUUUUCAUGGACAUGGUGACCUAUGAGGAGACUCGGGUGACCAAGGCUCAACUGGGUGAUAGAGUGAAGUUCCUUAAAGAGGGGAUGGAGUGUAACGUGCUGACGUGGAACGACAAGGUGAUCGACCUAGAGCUGCCCAUCACGCUCAAAGUGAAGGUCGUGCAGACCGACCCCGGCAUCAAGGGCGACACUGCUGGCGGAGGUGGUACCAAGCCAGCAACUAUUGAGACGGGAGCUACAGUGUCUGUGCCGCUAUUCAUUGAGGAAGGAGAAAUGAUCACUGUAGAUACCCGCACAGGCUCAUACAUGGGCCGAGCCUGA